AUGCCCCUCGACAGCAGCAGCACGCACCGGCGCCGCAGCGUCGCCGCACGCCUGGUGCGCCUUGCGGCUGCCGGCGUUGCAGCUGCUCUUGCUGUUGGCACCGCCGCCGCGUGGGCGCACGCCGCCGCGACGCCGCACCGCUGCAUCCACGACAAGCUGCAGGCCCGCGUGCGGGACUCCGCGGCGCACCGCCGCAUGCCACCCAGUGCGGUGUCCGCGGUGGGCCUGCCGUACAUUGCUCUCGAUGCCGCGGACACUGUCGCACGCGCCGCGGACUGGGGCACGCUGCGCAUCGCCGUCUCCACCGCAGACCUCACGGACCCCGACUACCACUGCACUCGCGUCGGGCAGCGUGUGAGCAACCACGCUGACGAGAUCGUCACCUGCACCGCCGAGGACGUGCUCACGGAGGAGAAGCGCGACAUCCUCGUCAGCUACCUCAUCCCGCAGGCGCUGCAGCUGCACGCGGAGCGGCUGAGGGUGAGGCAGGUGCAGGGCAGCUGGAAGGUGACCGGCAUGACGGGCGACGUGUGCGGCGAGUUCAAGGUGCCGGAGGCACACGUCGCCAAAGGCGUCAGCAACGCCGACUUCGUGCUGUACGUCGCCUCGGUGCCGAGCGAGCCGGGCGUGCUGGCGUGGGCCACGACCUGCCAGGUGUUCUCGGACGACCAUCCAGCCGUGGGUGUCAUGAACAUCCCUGCGGCGAACAUUGUGUCGCGCUACGACCAGGGCACCACGCGCACCGUGACGCACGAGGUGGCGCACGCCCUCGGCUUCAGCAGCGUGUUUUUCGAGGGCACCGGCAUUGUGAAGAGCGUCACGAAUUUGCGCGGCAAGCCCUUUGCGGCUCCUGUGAUCAACAGCAGCACGGCGGUGGCCAAGGCGCGCGAGCAGUACGGCUGCCCCACCUUGGAGUAUCUGGAGGUGGAGGACCAGGGCGGCUCCGGCUCUGCUGGCUCGCAUCUUAAGGGGCGCAACGCCAAGGACGAGCUCAUGGCGCCUGCCUCGGCUGCAGGGUACUACACUAACCUGACCAUGGCCGUCUUCGAGGACCUCGGCUUCUACAAGGCGGACUUCACCAAGGCCGAGGUGAUGCCGUGGGGCCGGAACGCCAGCUGCGACUUCCUCACCAAGAAGUGCAUGGAGAGGAACAUCACGCAGUGGCCGGAGAUGUUCUGCAACACUGACGAGAACGCCUUGCGGUGCCCCACCGACCGUCUCGGCUUGGGGGGGUGCAUUGUGCUCACGCACACAAGCGUUCCGCAAUACUUCCAGUACUUCACGGACCCGACCCUGACCGGCCUCAGUGACUUCAUGGAUUACUGCCCUACCGUGGUGCCCUACGAUGAUGGCAGCUGCGCGCAGCGUGCCUCGGAGACCAGCUCAGACAUGCAGGCCUUCAACGUCUUCUCCGACGCGGCGCGCUGCUUGGAUGGGGCCUUCCGGCCGACGACCACCCGCGAGGACGUGACGUACGCCGGCAUGUGCGCGAACGUGAAGUGCGACACGGCGGCGCGCACGUACAGCGUCCAGGUGCGCGGCAGCAGCGGCUACGUCGCAUGCACGCCGGGCGAGAGUGUUGAGCUGGCCACCUUGAGCGCCGCCUUCGUGAAUGGCAGCUACAUCACGUGCGCGCCGUACGUGGAGGUGUGCCAGGCCAACGUGCAGGGCGCCACCAGCAGCGGCAACGCAGCGGCUGGUCGCCGUGGCCCGCGCGCCGCCGCGACGGCGCUGCUGGUGGCCGCGCUGCUCGCCAUCGCGUGCGCGUGA